AAUCAUUUUCGGAUGCCAACAUAGAGGAACUCAGCGGCCCAAAACCUGGUCACGAACACAGCCGCACUCACUGUCCACUAACUACCAAAACGAUGUCAUUUACAUGCAUCUUCCACAAAAACAAUCACUACUCCGGAUCCCGGAAUCACCUGUAGAAGAUCACGAAUGGCAAGGGAUAUAGAAAAGAUGGUGGCUGUAGGCCUGAUUUGGGGGUCCACCAACGCGUUAAUCCGUCGUGGCGCUCUGCUAUGGGACCAAAAAGUCCACUCACCUCCGUCGCCAAAGCUCAACAAGAAUAGACUUCUAUCUUUACUUAAUAACAUGUUCAGUCUACUCUUAUUUUGGCAAUAUUCUGUUCCUUUCUUGCUUAAUCUCUCAGCCUCCGCUACUUUCUUUGCUCUCUUAAGCAACGCACCCAUUUCUCUUGCUGUUCCCGUCACUAAUGCUACAACUUUCGCCGCUACAGCUGUGUUUGGGAUAUUUUUAGGGGAAAAGACACAAGUUGGGCUUGCUUUGUUAGGUACGGGUUUUAUUGUUAUUGGUAUUUGGCUUUGUAUUACAUGAUUUUAUUUAAUUCUUGAACUUCACUUUAAAGCAAAUUACGUCUACUUGCUUAAGAAUAAUCGAAAGAUUUUGAUGUAUGUUAUGCUAAGUAAAUUGUAUUUAUUUUUUAUGGA